AAAAGGUGUAGAACACUGAGCCAAGGAAAAAGGCCCACCUCCCCAUAAAAGGCAAAAGCACCCCUUACUCCCUUUCCCAAAAACGCUCCUCCAUUUCUGCCCAGUAUCCCCGUCUCUCUCCCUCUCUCUCUCUCACCUUUUGUCACUUCGAGCAAAAUACCCAUCUCUCAAAACCUUCUUCUAUACAAAACAGCAAGUGGGUUCUUCCAAUCCUUACUCUUUUCUUUAUCCAUUGCAAGCAAAAAAAAAAAAAAAAAUCAUUGCUAAAAAAUCCCCUGAAACUCCAUUUUCCAGCAUUCAUUUCUAAAAAAAUCCAGUUGGGGAUUUCCAAUCCUCCCUCUUUUCCUUAUCAUUUUCCUUUGAAUCUAGAAAAAAGAAAAAGGAAAAAAAAAAAAAAAAAAAUCACACCCUUUUAAAUCCCAUUUUCCAGCCAUUAGUUGGUGAUAUGUUCUUUCAAGAAAAAAAACCCACUUCUGAAAUACCCAAAAAUCCUUAUUUCUCAGCCAUGAUUUGAUUAAAACCCCCAAAUGGGCCUUCUCAAAUCCCUUUUCUUCUCCACACUCCUUUUUCUGGCCUCUUUUGCUUUCCUCAUACAUCGAAAUGCCGCUGCCGAUCUCUACACCAUGGUCUUCAAGGGCUGCUCUCAGCAGACCUUCACCGGCAACAGCGGCUUCCAACAGACGCUCACCUCCCUCUUCGACUCCCUCAUCGCCCAAUCCGCCAGCACCCGUUUCUUCAAAACUUCCGUUGGCAGCGGCCAGAACGCGGCUACCGGACUCUUCCAAUGUCGGGGAGACCUCAGCAAUGCCGAUUGCAAUAGCUGCAUCCGCAAAAUCCCCGAAAUGUCAAGCGGCUUGUGCGGGAAUGCCGUCGCCGCACGCAUACAGCUCACUGGCUGCUACGCCCUCUAUCAAAUCACGGGCUUCCCUCAGAUCCCCGGCACCCAGAUGCUGUACAAGACGUGCAGCCCGUCGGAGGGGAAUUUCGAGGAGAAGAGAGAUACUGCAUUCGCCGCCGUGGAGAGCGGCAUUACGGGCGGGAACGGAUUCUACGCCACCACAUACGCUUCGGUGUAUGCUAUUGCUCAAUGCGAGGGGGAUUUGAGUGUGGCGGACUGUGGACAGUGCGUGAAGGAGGCCGUCCAAAAGGCGCAGGUGGAGUGUGGGAAGUCCGUUGCAGGGCAGGUGUAUUUGAAUCGUUGCUAUUUCAGCUUCAGCUAUUACGGCAAUGGAGUUUCACAUCAUUCUUCUCCUUCAGGGUCAGGACAGCAGCAGACGGGGAAGACGGUGGCUAUUGUAGUCGGAGGGGCUGCAGCUCUGGCUUUUGGGGUCAUUUGUCUCCUUUUCCUGAGAUCCUUGUUGAAGAAACGUGACGAUUAUUGAAGGGAUGGAAUUCGGCAUUAUAGGAGGUCGUUUUGUAGAUGAAAUGUUUUUUUUUUCCCCUUAAAAAACAAUCUUUUGGGGGGUGAUGUUGUCAGUUUUGAGGUGAAACGGAUUUUUCUUUUUUUCUUUUUUUAAAGGGGAGGGUGCAAUUCCUUGCGGAUGCGCAUGAAUGUUUUUUUUUUUUAAUUUUUAAAUUUGGAUCAUUGGAUAUAAUUGGAGAGAAUUUUGGCCGUUGGUUCAUUUUUCAUCAUGCCAUGUGAAUGUUUGAAUGUGACACCCCUCUAAAGUUAGUGCGGACCAUAUAAACCUAUGAAAUGGUUUUUGUGC